CCCCUCGUCUGACUCCGCCUCCUCCUCCUCCUCCUCCUCCUUCUCCUUCCCCUCAUCUGUUCCCUUCCCCCUCUCCCUCCCCUCCCCCUCCUUACCGAGGGGUAACCCCUCGGUUACCUCUGCUGCCUCGGAAGCAGGACUCGGGCCAGCAGGGAGAUUUCUGGAAUCGAGGACAAACCGGAACAAAUGGUGAUAGAAAGUUUUUAGAUCCACGUAGCCUGCAGUUACCAUUGGCUUCAAUUGGUUACCGAAGGUCCAGCCAACUAGAUUUUCAGAAUUCACCUUCUUGGCCAAUGGCAUCUACCUCUGAAGUCCCUGCGUUCGAGUUUACCACUGAAGAUUGUGAAGGUGCACAUUGGCUUGAUAGACCAGAAGUAGAUGAUGGAACUAGUGAAGAAGAAAAUGAAUCUGAUACCAGUUCAUGCAGGACCUCUAACAGCAGUCAGACAUUGUCAUCUUGCCAUAACAUGGAGCCGUGUUCAUCAGAUGAAUUUUUCCAGGCCCUUAAUCAUGCUGAACAAACAUUUAAAAAGAUGGAAAACUAUUUGAGACACAAACAGUUAUGUGAUGUAGUUUUAGUUGCUGGUGAUCGAAGGAUUCCAGCUCACAGAUUGGUACUCUCUGCUGUCUCUGAUUAUUUUGCUGCCAUGUUUACUAAUGAUGUAAGGGAAGCAAGACAAGAAGAAAUCAAAAUGGAAGGUGUAGAGCCAAAUUCACUUUGGGCUCUGGUUCAGUAUGCAUAUACAGGUCGUCUUGAAUUAAAAGAAGAUAAUAUUGAGUGCCUGUUAUCUACAGCUUGCCUUCUUCAACUCUCUCAGGUUGUAGAAGCAUGUUGCAAGUUCUUAAUGAAACAACUUCAUCCAUCCAACUGCCUUGGAAUUCGUUCUUUUGCUGAUGCACAGGGUUGUACAGAUUUGCACAAAGUGGCUCACAAUUAUACUAUGGAGCAUUUCAUGGAAGUCAUUCGAAACCAAGAAUUUGUAUUAUUACCAGCUAGUGAAAUUGCAAAGCUUCUGGCAAGUGAUGAUAUGAAUAUACCUAAUGAAGAGACAAUACUAAAUGCACUACUUACAUGGGUCCGUCAUGAUUUAGAACAGAGACGAAAAGAUCUAAGCAAACUUUUGGCUUACAUUAGGCUACCUCUUCUUGCUCCACAGUUCCUUGCUGACAUGGAAAAUAAUGCACUCUUUCGGGAUGACAUUGAAUGUCAGAAGCUUAUUAUGGAAGCAAUGAAAUACCAUUUGUUGCCAGAGAGACGACCCAUGUUACAAAGUCCUCGCACAAAACCUAGAAAGUCAACUGUUGGCACAUUAUUUGCAGUUGGAGGAAUGGAUUCAACUAAAGGAGCAACAAGCAUUGAAAAAUAUGAUCUACGUACAAACAUGUGGACUCCAGUAGCUAAUAUGAAUGGGCGGAGACUACAGUUUGGUGUGGCAGUAUUGGAUGACAAGCUAUAUGUUGUUGGUGGUAGAGAUGGACUAAAGACCUUGAAUACUGUAGAGUGUUAUAAUCCCAAAACAAAAACUUGGAGUGUGAUGCCACCUAUGUCCACACACCGUCAUGGACUUGGUGUGGCUGUAUUGGAAGGUCCUAUGUAUGCUGUAGGUGGGCAUGAUGGCUGGAGCUACCUAAAUACAGUGGAGAGAUGGGACCCUCAGGCUCGUCAGUGGAAUUUUGUCGCUAGUAUGUCCACUCCCAGGAGCACAGUUGGUGUGGCAGUAUUAAGUGGAAAAUUAUAUGCAGUUGGCGGUCGUGACGGAAGUUCUUGUCUCAAAUCUGUAGAAUGCUUUGAUCCGCAUACCAAUAAAUGGACACUUUGUGCACAAAUGUCAAAAAGAAGAGGUGGAGUUGGAGUAACUACCUGGAAUGGAUUAUUGUAUGCUAUUGGAGGACAUGAUGCACCAGCAUCCAACUUGACUUCCAGACUGUCAGACUGUGUUGAAAGAUAUGAUCCCAAAACUGAUAUGUGGACUGCAGUUGCAUCUAUGAGCAUUAGUAGAGAUGCAGUUGGAGUAUGUUUACUUGGCGACAAAUUGUAUGCAGUUGGAGGAUAUGAUGGACAAACUUACCUUAAUACAGUGGAGGCCUAUGAUCCCCAAACAAACGAAUGGACACAGGUUGCACCAUUGUGCCUAGGAAGAGCUGGGGCAUGUGUUGUGACUGUAAAACUAUAACCUAAUAAUUAUUUUAUACAUGAAGAUAAUUUACUCCUUUAUAAAAUCCUAAGACAAAUGGAUUACAUUUUAAGGAAAUUUCAAGUGCAGCAUGUCUUCUGUCAGGUAUAAGGUAUCUGAUGUGAAAUUGAAGAUGAAAAGGGGGAGGGAUAAAUAAAUAAAUAUUAAGCACCUUUUUAAAAAUAAGAUUCCAUCAUUUUCAUGAUAAACUAAUACAGGUAGACUGAUAAUGAAAUAUUAUCAGUUAACUCUUCCAUACAGAAACAAAUGUCAAUCAAGAAUUUCAUUUAUUCAUAGCUGGAAUAAACCAUUAUCUAAAUUUAGUUUUGUUUUUCAUAAUGUAAAUGCACCAACUUAAAGAGCUCUAAAUGCCUCCUCUGCCUUGUAAUUAAAUAUAAACAUAUGCAUCCUCGGUGCACUUUUUCACCAUAUCUGAGGUUCAGAAACUUUUUUAUUUAACCAAAGCCUCAGCAGCAUCUUAUGAUAAACAAUAUUCUAAUGAAUAUUUUUGGAAAGAGCUUUAUUAUAUAUGUACUAGAUGUGAACUUUAUAAAGAAAAAGAGUUCAAUUUAUUCCACUCAGCAAAUAAAAAAUGUGUAAGGUAAGAACCCAAUAAAAAUAUAAUAUGGACUUUUGGGGGAAUGUUUCGACAUUCCACUAAAUCUAGUUAACCAAGAGAGUUACAUAUCAUGUUUUCAAAAUGCAGUUGAAUCAUGAUUUUGUAGUAAUUUAAGAAAUACAAUCUUAUUUGGGGAAAAAAUAUGUGUUUCCUAUAAUCUUACUCCUACACAUGACAGAUAUCCAGUCAUAAGGCAACAGCUCCAAAUAUGGGGUGGGGGGGGGUUUCCCCUUAUUAUAGACAUGCUUUUUGAUUUAUCUUUUGAUAUUAUUAUAACUAAAUUACUUUAUUAUUUCAUGUAUGUUUUCUUAUAUUUGUAUUUGCUUCUUGUGCCUUGUUUCUUAUGUUCUGCACAGUAUAUAUAACUCAUUAUUGUGCUUCACUAUAAUAGACAGCUUGAAAAAAUUAGGUUCCAUACCUGGUUGGAAAUGUUUUUAAGGUGCCUGAUGCCUAAAAUACAUAUUUGUAUAUUUGUAAAGUAAAGUACAUACGUGAAUGUUAAUGCUCUCAGUGAAUUAUUUAUUGUUUACCAAAAAAAGAGCAGAAACAUUUUGUGAUGUUUGUAAUAAAGUU